AUGGCAGAUCAGGUCGGGACGGCCACUCUGAGACGUCGUAGAACCUUCCUGGGUCGUCGGCUUCGUCCCGCUGGAUCUGGUGAAAUAUCAACACGCAGCAAUAAUGCAGAGGCAUCUACUGUAGAAAAGGAAGACGGUGAGACUACGAAUACUACUAGUCCAAAGACGCCAACGAAGCCCAGCAUCUGGACUCUAUCUCUUGGCCGAGCUAAAACCGAUAAAGCAGCAAACCCAAUACAAGUAAAACCAACUAAGGCUCCACAACGUAGAAAGUCGUGGUUUAAACGGGACAGAUCUUCAAUUGUAGUAGAUACCAACCUCCAACCAUCAUCUCCCAUUACUCCAACUGCAUCAGCCACUUCACCGUCACUUUGCUCUGAACCCGACUCAUCGACCGCAACCAGUGUUCCUGCUACAAGCACUCUAAAGAAGCGGAACAGCAAAGUAUUGGAACUAUCUGCAACCGCAUUAUCGUGGCUCAAGAGAGCAACUGCUGAAUCUAGUACCAGUCCUACCGCAUCAUCACCAUCUGAAAUCCAAACUAUCAAAAACACCGAAACCCUCGAGAUCACUGAUAUGGCUGAUCAAGAUGCUAUGGUAGACAAGCCACGUGGACUACGAGCUAAAAUGCCUACCUUACGUCGCAUGAGAUCGUCCAAGGUCGAUAAAAAGGCUUCAGAACAGGAUGAUUUUAAAGGUUUCAGUGAUGCGGAGACAUCUGAUAUGAAGCUUCAGGAAGGUGAUGAGAAGCAACGGAAACGAGAAUGGAGACUCAAGGUCGCCACGUCUAUGAUCUCACUACGUAGUAAGAGUCCAGUACGUAGUAAGAGUCCUAUGGUGGAUGAUAAACCUGAACAGACACAGCAUCAGCAACCUAGUAAUGGAACACUGAAACGAGUCAAGAAUGCCAUGACUUGGUCUGGACGUCAUCAUACUCCUGAAGUAUCUGAUGAGACGACUGGGACUGUAGUAGUGUUGGAAAGGAAGAAGACUAUGAGACGGGCUCUGUUUUGGAGGAAUGAUGCUACUGCUGCUGCCUCCAGUGAGGACGUAUCAACGCCGCCAGUUGAUAAUAACGAUACUCUAAGGCCAUCGUCACCAACAGAGUCAAGCAAAUCUGUACCAGUAGUAGUAGCAGUAGUAGAAAGUAGUAAACCCACCAAACCUAAAAGCCGUGGAGUCAAGUUAUGGAGAUCAAAGUCAGUGGAGUCGUCCAAGGUUAAAAAUAAUUCUACUUCAGAGGUCAGGCUUGAUCCUAUAACUGCAGAUACUCCACCUCCAGCUGCUGUAGAACCAGUCGUAGAUCCCAUAGUAGUUUCAACGCAGCAACGUAAUGGAGAUAUAAGAGGAUCAGAUGAAUACUCGCUGCGCAACCGACCUCGUCGAAGUUACGACUCGAGUAUGCAUACUCGACCUAGUAAUGAGAUUGACACGUCAUCACCAGUACCCGUCGUAAGUAUAAACGGUGUGGAACAGGCUGUCACCGAAGAUGGUUCUAUGGGCAUAUCUCGUGAUGAAUUUAAGGCCACGGAAUCAUCAGCCACACUGGUAGACGAAACAACAGACAUGACUCACAAGACAACAGUAUCGUCAGUAGUGGUAGAAGAAACCACUCAAGUAGUAACAACAGAAGUAGUGACUGUUAUAACAUCCACGACUGUUGACGAAGUGAAAUCGACCAAGGCUGCAAAGGGUAAAAAGCAAAGGAAGGGUGGUGACAAGAUCAAGAAUAAAAAUCAACCAAAGGCUACCUCGAAUACCAGUAAUACUAGUCAAACUCCAUCACCAGUACCAGUAUUGUAUUCUCCCGAACUUGUAGCUCGAGCCAUUGCAGAAAGACGGGAUAGCCUUGAUGUGACAUCUCCUCCACCACCAAUAAUCCCAGCCUUCGUUUUAGAACGUCGUGAAGUGCGCCUGAAUAAACGGUAUCCUGCUACUCACGGCCAUGGCGAUGAUGUGACCAAGGCUUUAUCUAUUAGUAGUACCAGUAGCAUCAAAACCAACCAUAGUGGCCACACAGCUUCCAAAUCGCCAUCACCCGUUGAGAAGCUUAUGGAAAUGCACACACCUCCAGGUGCAGUCAAGAUGGACGAGCCUCUCAUCAAUCUUUUGGAUGAGCCUAUAUCAGAAGCGUUUACACAUGUAUCGCCCAUUAAAUCACCGGUUUUGGCUGACUUGAUGGAAUUGAUUGAACCCGUCCAUCCUAUAACGAGUAUUCCUGUUGCCAAGUCUGACGCUGUAUAUGGUAACGAGACUGUGCUGGCCACAGUUGAGUCGAGUCAGCAUGCCAGGUCCCCAAUAAUCGACCAGUUUGAUCCAAUAAUGAAGACUCCCGAAGUAGUCGUACGGGCACCUGUAUCAGGGGCGAUUGUCUCUCCGCUGGUCAUACCGGCUUUGAGGAGAGCUAAAUCAAUCACGUCGCCGAUAGAAGGAUACCCUGCAUCAAUGGCAACUACUCCAUCAACUCCAUCACCAUCAACACCCUUCCCAAAUACACCAUCUGAAACCAGGACACCUGUCUCUGUUGCUGGAGACUCAUUGCCAUCCAUACUAUCAUCUAAUGACACUGAUAGUAACCCAAUAGUAAUGUCACUACCAAAAACGUCGAUAGCCAGAUCAGCCCUAUCAGAAUACUUGCCAUCACGUAAUGAUGAAAUGAUGGUUUCUGUAGGUGACUUCGUAGAUGUUACAGCCGAGUUCUCUGAUGGUUGGGCUAUGGGUCAUAACCAAACUACUGGCCAAAAGGGUGUAUUUCCACUAGUCGUCUUUGAAGAAUCCUCAACGUCAGAUGAACUCGAUGACGAUGAAGACGACGACCAGGAAAUAGAACAGGAGGAAUCUGAAUCUGUAACUGAUGCGCAUCCUAAUGAUAAUCUUAUAAAACAGCACGAUCAUUCAAGAGUUUUGGAUGAAACUCAUGUCGAACUGGAUGGUGAAUCCAGUGACGAAGGCACACAAGGUGACGACGAAGAAAGUAGUCAAGGUGAUGAUGAUGAGGGUGAAUAUGACGAUGACGAAGACGAUAAUGAUGAAGAGGAAGAGGGUGACGAAGAAGAAGAGCCUCGUCAAUCUCCCAACAUGCAGCAGUCGUCAGAAGCGGUGCUGUCAAACAAGCGAACGAGUACGUUUGGCUAUAUCUGGAGCAGUCUUACUGCUCGAGCUUCACCAGUUCCAUCGUCAUCACCAGCUUCUAUAAAAGCAACUCCAACACCAGAACCUUCAAUACGAUACGUAAAGAAAGUAGCCCCCGAAACACCAGAACGAGACAGUGGGAACAACCUCAAUACGAUUCCAGCUCUACUAUCCACACUCCCUCUACUAUAUGUACAUUACGAUCACAUCCCAACACGGCCAGAUGAACUUUCACUACGUGUUGGUGAUGUCGUUAAUAUCGAAGCUGCAUAUGCUGACGGAUGGGGUUAUGGUCAUCUACAUCAGUUUGAUAGUGAUAUAAUUAAAGGGCAGCGUGCUUAUGAAAAGGGGUGGGUGCCUAUAUGUUACUUGGAUGAACAUGAGCCAGAGAUUUUGGGCUCGUCUGAUGAGAUGGCCAAUCUUGAUGAUUGUAGCGAUGAUGAAGAAGAAGAUGAGCAGUAUAUUGAAGGGAAUUAUCUUGUAGAAGAGGAAGCUGAAGAGGCCGCUGAAGGGAAUUACCUUGUAGAGGUUUAG